CCCCGCGGCGGAGUGGGCGCGGCCAGCGUGGAACGGGGGCGAGGGUCGCAGAGUCGCCGGCUCCCCCUUCCCCAGUCUGGGCCCCCACGGCACAGGGGGCCGAGCAGAAGCCCCCAGCGUCCAGGGCCGGGGGAGGGUCCGCCUGCGCCCCCAGGCCCGCGUGGUCGGGCCCUGCAGGGCGGGAGGCGCGGCGCGGGGCGGGGCCGGUGACGGGACGCGGAGACCCCGCGGGCGGCGGGAGGGGCACGAGGCGCGCGUUUGCACCCGAGCCCGGCCCGCGCCCCGAUGCGGAGCGAUGCCGCUCGGCCUGGCCGCCCCCCGCGAGCACCGCGCUGCAGACGAAGCCCGCGCGUGAUCCCGCUCCGGGUGACCUCAAAGCAGAAGCUCUGAAUUCACCUCUCAUCUGACGACUGACAGCUGCUGCCACCGCCAGCCUCUGUCCUUUGCCCAGGCCUGUCACACGGCUGCCUCUCAGCAGGGGCAGUAGAAUGAAAGAGGGCAUGUCUAAUAACAGCACCACUAGCAUCUCCCAAGCCAGGAAAGCUGUGGAGCAGCUAAAGAUGGAAGCCUGUAUGGACAGGGUCAAGGUCUCCCAGGCAGCUGCGGACCUCCUGGCCUACUGUGAAGCUCACGUGCGGGAAGACCCUCUCAUCAUUCCAGUGCCUGCAUCAGAAAACCCCUUUCGCGAGAAGAAGUUCUUUUGUACCAUUCUCUAACUCCGUGUGUGAUGAAAAUGCCUCCUUUUCUGACCUUCAAAGUCCCCUGUAGAGACCAUGCAUGCUCUAAGCCUUAGGGAGUGAGACCAACACCCAUCCCUGCCCAGCCAACGGUGGCCGGGGCUUGUCUUAUGUUUCCAUCUGUUUUCUUCGUGGCAUUCAAUUUCAUUUUUUUCCUUUUCAUUUUCACGUUAUUUUCAUUAUUGGCAAAGAAAAUCAAAAUUUUUAUAGCCAAAUAACAAAUGUGCCAUGUAAAAGUAAGUCUGGACUUAAGAGUUUAAAAUUUUUAAACAUCAAUUUCCAAGUUUAUAUCAUAUUAAUACAUUUCAGUGGAUAAUUUAUUUAAAAAAAAACUAUGCCUAAAUAUCCCUUAUUUGCAAUAUUCAGUAUCAAAUUAGAGCAUUUUGACCAACUGAAACAUAUAAUGUUUUCAUCUCCUUUCCUGGAGAAAGCAGCUGCAGAGGUUCUGUAUUUCCUGCAUUUCCAUCAUCCUAAUAAAAAGACAACAACCCACAGGAUUGGAAUGGUUUUCUUUUUUGUUGUUGUUGUUGUUGUUGUUUUGAGACGGAGUCUCGCUCUGUCACCCAGGCUGGAGUGCAAUGGCGUGACCUCAGCUCACUGCGACCUCCACCUCCUGGGUUCAAGCGAUUCUCCUGCCUCAGCCUCCUGAGUAGCUGGGAUCAUAGGCACACGCCACCGCACCCAGCUAAUUUUUUGUAUUUUUAGUAAAGACGGGGUUUCACCGUGUUGGUCAGGCUGGUCUCAAACUCCUGACCUCGUGAUCCACCCGCCUCGGCCUCCCAAAGCGCUGGGAUUACAGGCGUGAGCCACCGCGCCCGGCCGUGGAAUGGUUUUCUUAGCAUAUCCUCCUGGGGCCGUGGUGGAUGUCCCUUGUUUCAGUGGUCCUACAAAGGUAGAUGGUGGGCGGACACCGAAGUCAACUUGACUGUAAAAGUACCCCAUACCGUUGAUGCGCUGUGGCAGACCUGUGGGUGCGGUCUCCCCUCUCCAAAUGCCACCUCUUCCUGCUCCCUCCUCUUUUGGCUCCUACUCAGUAGUUCCAUUGUGGGCUGCAGUAAUAUAAGGACCUGUUCUGGACACAGCACUGGGCCCGCUGGGGUUUUAGUAGGGCAGCCCCUUCCCUGCAGGAGUGAGGCAUGGUGACAGCAGUCCCCUAUGUGCCCCCAAGUCAUCUGAGCAUUGGUGUACGUUAAGGUACUUAAUCUUCCAACAAUAAAUACCAUAAGUGCA